AUGUUUUCAGGAUUUGGAGGAUUUGGAGGCUAUCAAUCUGGAUUUGUGAAUGUUGCUCAAAAGUAUGAGGAUUACUUCAGAUGCUAUCCAAUAGCGAUGAUGAAUGAUCGAAUUCGCAAGGAUGACGCAAAUUUUGGUGGCAAGAUGUUUUUGCCGCCCAGUGCGUUGAGCAAACUGACGAUGCUAAGUGUUAGAUACCCUAUGCUGUUCGAACUAACAGUUCCAGAAACAAGAAAGGUUACGCAUGGAGGUGUGCUAGAGUUUAUAGCCGAAGAGGGGCGGGUUUAUCUACCCCAGUGGAUGAUGGAAACACUGGGGGUACAGCCUGGAUCACUUUUACAGAUUGGUUCUACAGAUGUUCCACUUGGCCAGUUUGUGAAAAUAGAGCCUCAGUCUGUGGAUUUUCUUGAUAUCUCAGAUCCCAAAGCAGUGUUAGAAAACGUUCUGAGGAAGUUCUCGACUUUGACCGUCGCCGAUAUAAUAGAAAUUAGCUACAACAAUCGUAGCUAUCGCAUUAAAGUUUUGGAGGUAAAGCCCGAAAGCAACGCUAAUAGUAUUUGCGUUAUAGAGACUGAUUUAGUUACAGAUUUUGCUCCUCCAGUUGGCUAUGUGGAGCCGGAUUAUAAGGCAGUGCAAAAGGAGAAGAAACUUCAGGCUAGGUUGGAUCCCUCGAUUCAGGGUUUAGGUCCUAUGUCUCAAAGAAUAGAGUACGCCGCUACUGUUAACUCAGGCUCAGAAAUUAAAAGCUUUUUUGGGGGUGAAGGGAAAAGGUUGAGCGGUAAGAGUCAAAAAACGACAAAGGAAAGUUCAAAUGAAACGGAGAUACAAGCGGUAAAAGUAGACUUGAGUGGAGAACCGGCUCCCCUUAAUAUUCCAGAUGGUAUGCUUUUUUUUGGAUUUCCUUUGGUCCCGCCUCAAACUGCCGAGAUUGAUAACACUGGAUCUUUGGAUUCUCAAAUUCAUUUCAAGGGAGCAGGCCAAAGUAUAAGACAGAGCAACAACAAGAGGCGAGGUACCAGAGAUCAUUCAAACCCGAAAACAAAGGCGCCCCGCAGCCCUGAGGUAAUUGAAAUAGAUUAG